UACAGGAGAUCCAAGAUGUUCAAGAUCAUCAUUCUGGUUGCCUGUCUGGCUGCGAUUGCCUUGGCUCAGUCCGGAGGAGAACAAGACGAUCACUACCAUACGUAUCCUAAGUAUAAGUACGAAUAUGGCGUCAAGGAUCACCAUACCAAGGAUCACAAGAGCCAGUGGGAACAACGUGAUCAUGACCACGUUAAGGGACAGUACACGCUGGACGAAGCUGAUGGCACUCACCGCGUUGUGGAUUACAGUUCCGAUCACAAGACCGGAUUCCAGCCACAUGUGCAGCGCAAGGGUCACGCCCACCAUCCACAUGGAGAGAGCUAUGCCAACAUCGAACAGCACUAUUAG